AGACAUCAGUCCUUGACUUAUUAAUCAAGCAGACCAAGACUUAAUAUGUAUUUACCAUUAGUGACAAUGUUGCUAGCAACUGUAGUUGUAAUUGUCCAAAACCAUGAAUGUAAGGACUACGUUCUAUCGGCAUCAGACCAGUCUCUGAUAGAUAUGAUGAAACAUUAUCUGCAUACGUCAAGGAAAGAAGAAUGUUCACCUUCUGCAAUCAAACCAUCUGAUACAGGAGUUACUUUCGUGUAUUGGGGUAAGAAAAGUUGUCCACAAGAAGCGGUUAUAGUGUAUACAGGACAAGUUGGUGGAAAUGCUUACAAUAAUAAAGGAGGUGGUGUGAACUAUUUAUGUCUCCCAAACGAUCCAGAGAACGGACAGCACCAAUCAUAUGUCAAUGACCAGCUAUAUGGAGCGGAAUAUCAACUCGAUUCGUCAAAGAAACCUGCUGGAUGGUCAGAAAGUAUGGCCGAUAAGGAAGUACCCUGUGCUGUUUGUUUCCAAAAACAAAGAUCGACUGUGAUAAUGAUACCAGGUCGAAAGACUUGCUAUAAAGGAUGGACCUCAGAAUAUAAUGGCUAUCUGAUGAGUGAUCGUUCAAGUUUUCAUAGAAGGGACUACGCCUGUGUUGACAAAAAUGCAGAACCAUUUGACAGUAAGAAUUCAAAUGAGGAUGGAGCUUUGUUUUUUCCUCUUCGAACCAAAUGUGGCAGUUUGAGAUGUCCUCCUUAUACCAAUGAAGCCGAUGUUCUUUGUGUCGUGUGUACAAAGUAAAAUUUGAAAAAUAAAUAAAUGAUAACCUACAAUUUCCCUCUG